GGGAGGCGGGGCAGGCCGGAGAGCCUCCUGGAGAUUUGAUUCCAGCGGAGGGGUCAGAAAACUUGAGCCCUCUGCCCCUGUAGAGUUCAGGAGCCUCGAAGCCUCCUGUGCACCUCGCCCUCGGGGCCGCUGGGCAGAAGCUGCGCAUUCUCGCUUGGAAGCUGCGAUGGCGACAGCGGCGGACUUUAAAACCAAUGCGGAUCAGGCUUGUAGAGCUGCUGAAGAGUUUGUCAAUGUUUACUAUGACACCAUAGAUAAAAGAAGGGGGAUGAUGACAAGACUGUACCUUGAUAUGGCUACUUUGGUUUGGAAUGGAAAUGUUGUCAAUGGACAAGAUGCUUUGGGUAAAUUUUUUGAGGCGUUGCCUGCCAGCGAAUUUCAGGUCAACGUAGUGGACUGUCAACCUGUUCAUGAGCAUGCAACUCAGAGCCAAACAACCGUCCUCGUGGUGACCUGUGGAACAGUGAAAUUUGAUGGGAACAAACAGCGAUAUUUCAACCAGAAUUUCCUGUUGACUGCCCAAGUCAUGCCAGACAGCACCGUGUGGAAGAUUGCAAGUGACUGCUUCCGUUUCCAGGAUUGGUCUAAUUAGGCCUGGCCAAAAAUGGGACUCUCUUGUCUCUGGCCCAAAUGGUCCAGUAUUCUUUCUUUAAAAUGUUUGAAAUUUAUUCAUGUUUUCCUGUUGUCCACUUCAUUUCAGAAGUGCUGUAAACCCAGGGUACGCCAGAGCUGAUAUAUCUUUAAAAAUGGUUUAAAUUCCUAGAAGCAACUUUCAUGGUUGCUCUUAAAAGCAGUGGAAUUGUGUUUGGCUUAACAUGCCUUUUAAAUACUCUGUAACUGAAAUGCUGAAUGCUUACUGCU